CGAGGACCAAAACCAGCAUUCUUCUGCCAACCUCAGACCAGAAAACAUCAUGAAGUUGAUCAUCUUAACCGCUCUGAUCGGCGUGUGCGCAGCGAGUUAUGUACCUCCUCACGUAGUGCGGUCACUAUUAGACAGAAAUGCUAACAUCCUGAGGUCUGAAUCUGAAGUCAACGAAAAAGGAUACCACUACGCUUUCGAUACGGAUAAUGGAAUCCACGCAGACGAAGCAGGAGUUGAAGCCAACGGCAUCCAGGCAGCCGGCAGCUACUCCUACACUGGUGAUGACGGCCAAGUCUACUCCGUGAGGUAUACGGCUGAUGCCAACGGCUUCCAGCCUCAAGGUGCUCAUCUGCCGACCCCACCGCCCAUUCCGGAGGCUAUUGCGAGGUCGCUGCAAGAGAACGCGAGGGAUGAAGCUGCUGGCAUUUAUGAUGAUGGAAGCUACCACGACGCCAGAUACGCUCCCGGAGUCAUCCUAGCCCGCAAGCAGUACCAGGCUCCGAGAUACCCUUUCAACCCUUACAAUCCUUACAACCCUUACCGUCGUUACUAAGCACCUACUGGCCAGUAAACACAGCAACACAGCAAGCAACAUUGUACAGUGCCAUUUGAUAUAGAUUAAGAAUAUAUUAUACAUACUGUAAAAAGAAAAUUAUAGAAGUUCAAAUGUAACGUGUGAUUGAAAAACUUGGGUUUUUGUAUGAAGGGUUAGGCCCCAUAUUUGUAGUAAACUUUUGUGAAAAAGUUGCGUCAACAAGUUGCUAGCAAUAUUGCGUUGCACAGUCGAUACAGGCAGUUGAAAAGCUCUCGUUCGACGCAAUAUUCUUGUUGCGCAACAAUGUUGAUCAACGCUAUACAAAUGUUUACCAUUAAUACGAGGUUUUUUUUUGUAGGAUUUUAAACAGUUUUUUCGUCACACGUUUUGAGUUGAUCUUUUGUACGUUAUUUUGUAUAUUGAAGCAAUAAAGUUGCAAUUAUAUUUGAUAAUGUUUUUAA